CCCCUAGGUGUCCUUGGUGCAAAGGUCUGACUCCAGGGUCAGAGCCUAGCUCAGCCCAAACUCACUGCCUGGAUCCUGAUCACACUGACCACACUGCAGAGGCAGACAGAGAGCAACACACCAGACACGCACUUACCCGUCAUGGAGAGUCUGACAGUACCUGUUGUGGUUGGAACGUCUGUGGUGGUCCUCUCUGGGCUCUACUUCCUCCUCCGAGGUGAUAAGAAGAAGAAGCCGCGUCCACAGACACUACAAGAUUCUACAGUUAAAUAUCCACUGCCACUCAUAGAGAAAGAGGAUAUAAGCCAUGAUACAAAGCGCUUUCGCUUUGGCCUUCCCUCUCCCACACAUGUCCUUGGACUGCCAGUAGGACAGCAUGUGUACCUGUCAGCUAAGGUGAAUGGGAGCCUGGUCAUCCGGGCCUACACUCCUGUCUCCAGUGAUGAGGACCAGGGCUUUGUGGACCUGGUGGUCAAGGUGUACUACAAAAACACUCAUCCUAACUAUCCUGACGGAGGAAAGAUGUCCCAGUACCUGGACGCCAUGAGCAUUGGGGACAAAAUAGAUUUCAGAGGACCCAAUGGACUCCUUGUGUACACAGGAAAUGGCAAAUUUGCCAUUCGACCUGAUAAGAAGUCUGAGGCCAAGGUCCGCAAGUUUAAACAUGUUGGAAUGAUCGCUGGUGGAACAGGGAUUACCCCCAUGCUGCAGCUGAUUCGCAGUAUUACAGGAGACCCUGCAGACAACACCAAGUGCUCGCUCAUAUUUGCUAACCAGACUGACAAGGAUAUCCUACUGCGGGAUGAACUAGAGGAGGUGCUGAAGAGUCACUCUGACCAACUCAACCUGUCCUACACUCUGGACAAGCCUCCACAGGACUGGAAGUACAGCUCAGGAUUUGUGAACGCUAAUAUGAUGAAAGCGCACCUUCCCCCGGCAUCCAACGAUGUGCUUAUUGUCAUGUGUGGCCCACCCCCCAUGAUCCAGCAUGCAUGCCUCCCCAACCUUUCCACUCUGGGCUACAAGACAGAGAACACAUUCACAUACUAGUAACUCCCAGGCCCUGCCAACUAGGCAUAGAACCCCAUAUAUACAUUAAACUGCACCAGGACAUUUGAGACCAUUUGUUAUAUUGACUUAUCUGUGUAGAAUAUAAUGUAAAAGCCUACACUACAAGACCAAAGGGAUAUUUUCUAGGGGUUUUAAUAAAAGAAAAUGUGAUAUUUGCAUGUUUAACAUUCAAGGAACAGUUUGACCUGCUUUGUGUUAGAAAGACUGUAAUAAGGUUGGUUGGGUUUUGGAAUGUUUGGACUGUUCCAGUAACAAUUUGUCUAUUGUCUCUAAAGCUUUUUGACGUGCUAUUUUUAACCCUCCUGCUGUGUUCGGGUUGAAUUGGACCGAUUUACAAGUUUUCUCUCUGAAAAAUGUAGUUCAUUUUCAUCUGAUUGUCAUAAGGUUCCAUUACUUUUUCCACACAGGGCAUCUGAACACACAAAAUAAAUUUUUAUGAUUUUCAUUACA